CCCCCGCCCGGAGCCGCGUCCGCUGCCCUGCACCCCUCUCGGCACCUCCAGGCCCGAGUUAGGCUGGUCGGCGCCCGCGCUCCUAGGUCUGAGCCUCCCCGCAGCGUCCGGUGGUGGUGGGGGGGGGGGCGGGGUGCGUACGCGCCCGCGCCCGGGAGCAGGGCCCUAACCCGAGGGCGAGCCCUGAGCGGGCGCCUGCCCUCACCUCAGUGUGUGUGGACUGGUAGCGCAGCGCGGCUUCUUGCGUUUGAGGUUUGACCUGAAGCUUUAGGGUGCGUAGAGUGGGUGUUACCACGACGUGCCGACGGAUGAAACAAGGGGGUGCGAAUUCACCCUGACGCGGGCGUAAACGCAGCAGCUGGCCCAGCCCUUCCGCGCAGAUGGCGGACUGGUCGAGUCCUCUGUAGCCCAAGAGUUGGGAGAGCAGGCGACGGACGGAGCUGCCCGCCUCUGGUUCUUCAGCCCCUGGGCUCCUGCCGAGUCGGUGAUGGAGCAGGAGCUGCAAGCGCGAUAAAUGUGGCCUGCAGGUGCACAAUGGCCAGAACUCUGUGCUGAAGAGCAUGUGCAAGUCAGCAGUCCCUUUACCAGAAAUACCCUCACGUGUUUUGAGAGAAUGUUGGUUGAAACUGAAGGAGAACCCUGACAAGGACGUCUUUGAGGAAUGCACCAGUUUUGUCCAUUACUAUUUAAGUGGAGAACCAUUUGAAGAAUACCUAGAAAGCCCAUAUUUUUCCCGAUUUCUACAGUGGAAAUGGUUGGAAAGGCAACCAGUAACAAAGAACACAUUUAGAAAUUACAGAGUUCUAGGAAAAGGCGGAUUUGGAGAGGUUUGUGCCUGUCAAGUGCGAGCUACAGGAAGGAUGUAUGCCUGUAAAAAGCUAGAGAAAAAAAGAAUAAAGAAGAGGAAAGGUGAAGCCAUGGCUCUUAAUGAAAAGAGAAUGCUAGAAAAAGUGCAUAGCAGAUUUGUAGUUAGUUUGUCCUACACUUAUGAAACCAAAGAUUCCUUGUGCUUGGUGCUAACCAUUAUGAAUGGAGGGGACUUGAAGUUUCACAUCCACAACCUGGGAAACCCUGGAUUUGAUGAGCAGAGAGCUAUUUUCUAUGCUGCUGAGCUAUGCUGUGGCUUGGAGGACUUGCAGAAGGAAAGAAUUGUGUACAGAGACUUAAAGCCUGAGAAUAUUCUCCUCGAUGACCGUGGGCACAUCCGGAUCUCAGACCUCGGUUUAGCCAUGGAGAUUCCAGAAGGGGAGACCAUCCGAGGAAGAGUGGGUACAGUCGGCUACAUGGCUCCUGAAGUUAUCAAUAAUGAAAACUAUACAUUUAGUCCUGAUUGGUGGGGACUUGGCUGUCUGAUAUAUGAAAUGAUUCAGGGACAUUCUCCAUUCAGAAAGUUCAAAGAGAAAGUCAAGCGAGAGGAGGUGGAACGAAGAGUGAAGAAAGACACUGAGGAGUAUUCGAAGAAGUUUUCUGAGGACUCUAAGUCCAUCUGCAAGAUGUUACUCACCAAGAAUCCCAAACAUCGACUAGGCUGCAAGGCUGGAGCAGUGGAGGUAAAAGGACACCCCGUGUUCAAGGACAUUAACUUCAAGAGGCUGGAAGCGAAUAUGUUAGAUCCUCCAUUCUGCCCUGAUCCACAAGCCGUUUACUGUAAGGACAUACUGGAUAUAGAGCAGUUCUCUACCGUGAGAGGAGUCUACCUGGACACCAAUGAUGACACGUUCUAUGGUCAAUUUGCUACAGGGUGUGUCUCCAUCCCCUGGCAGAAUGAGAUGAUUGAAUCAGGUUGUUUUAAUGACAUCAACAAAGAUGAGUUUGAUGAAAACACGGUGUUGAAUCUAGAAGAGAAAAUGCAUUACCAGGUUCCCAAAAAGAAGAGAGGCUUCUUCUACAGACUCCUCAGGAGAGGGGGCUGCAUUAGCAGUGGCACCAGCGGAAAGGAAGAGCUGCCCCCGAGGCUGUGACUACUCACUGCAGAGCCAGACCCCAUCGCCAAGGAGCACAUGCUCAGCGAUCCAUCUUAUCUGUGAAUGACAAUAAACAUGUGACACAGCUUAACACAAGCCUUAUGAGUCUGCAGAUUUCUCUAAACUCAUACCUGAAUCGUGUUUUCACCAAGGCUGGACUGAAGAAGAAGACACUUGAGGACCACCCUAAUGCCCAGAAUCCCCGGGUGUGGACAUCUUGUGGCUGGGACCCAAGUGCCACGUGUGCCCUUGAGGAGGGGGGAAGAGUGGGCUUGAGUGUCAGCCCAACAGUGUCUGGAGCCAAGGGUCCUGUUCCUCACCCCAGAGUGUCCUUGGGUGCUCAUGGAGGUGGGAGGGAGGCAGGUGGGUCCCCACUCUCCGCAUGGCCCCUGUGUCAGAAGGUAAUUGUGCCAAGUGUCAUUGGCACUCACAUUGACAUCUGUUCACUCCCCAAGAUUCUCCUGCCAGAUGUGUGCGUCUUCCUGUGUGCAUGUCUUUGUGAUAUUCCUAUGCAUGUGCUGAAAGAGGGUAUGUCUGGCACUCCAGGGCCAGGGGUUGGCCUUCCAUGGCUGCUCCCCCCACCUGUGGUGGCUUGUGAGCCUCCAGGGCUAUGUGGUGCCUUCUAGUAACUCUUUCCCUCGGGCAUGACUUCCCGAAGAGGAAGGUGAAGCCCCUCAGCCGUGGUGGGAACGUGGGCUCUGUUGCUUGGGGAGAGGGUGCUCGCACCCACAGGAAUGGGAGGACCAUGGGGGGCUGCAGACUUCUGUGGAGAGGUGGCCAUGUCACUGGCCGACUGGUGGCCCCGAGAUGCAGAACUGGGGCUUUCUCCUGUGUCCACAUGCAUAAGGCUUUCAGCAGGAGCUGGGUGAGAAGCCAGGGGCCAGACCUUGGUGACUUUAACCAAGCAGCAAGAACUUGAUGGAUGUCAUGAUAUGGCCAAAGGAAAGUGAGCCAGGGUCACCCAUGUGCCUGGAUUCAGUGUUGCUGUCACACCGUCACGUUUCCCUGGGCAGACACCUGCACCCAAGAGUGCUUCCAGGAGUGCCGUUGACAUGGUAGCAUUUCUAAAGUUGGGUCUCCACCCAUGUUCACGGCAGCCUGGCACACAGUAGCGUGCUUCGGAGGAGGCAACUCCAGCCAUGUCCUGUGAGACCAGCAGAAGUCGAUCGGACUGUGCUCUACCUGGGUGAGGGUGAGCAUUUGGUAGGUGCUACCCGUUCAGUAAAUAGGUUAGUAAUUGUGGAAAAGUAAUGCAUGCUUAUGGUAAACACUGCAGGAAGUUUCAAAGAAAAUCCAAAUCACCUUUAUUCCUGCCACCUGUUUAUAUUCCGAGGCCUUGAAGACCCUUGGUUAUCAAUGUGGACACAGGGGUGGUGGUGUGCUGUGCACCUCAUUCCUGCUGGGUCUCCAUGGGGUGGAGGGUGCUGGCCUGCAGAGCUCUGGCCAGGAGGGACGUCCAGGAGUCAGUCCUCUGUCCUGCUUCAGCUUGUCUGAGCUGAGCCGUCCUGGGCCUGAGGGAAACAUCCUGACUGAUACAGUGAAUCUGGGAAAGGAUUUUACAAGCUGGGAAUUUGAUGUAUUGCUAUGCCAUUGCCCCCCGCUCUGGUUAUAAGCAAGCACGUAUUUAUUGAGGAGAGUUUUGAAAUUAGAAUACACAAUGAAAAACUCAUCUUUAAUAUCACCCACUGUCCAAAGAUAAUUCCUAUCAGCAUUUUAUUCUAUAUUUCUAUCAUCUGUAGUUACUUAUCUCUUGCCAUGUCAUUUAUUUAUUUAUUUAUUUAUUUGCCAUGUCAUUUAAAUAUAUCUGGCUCCUUAAUCUUUUGGGGCAUAUUUAGGGCCAUUGUUUAUCAAACCAUCCAAACAAUUGUUGCUUCUAGCUUUCUUGUUAUUAUAAACACCCACGGGUUGGACAUCCCUGUACCUACAUCUUUGGGCACAUAUGUGAUAAUGUUUGUUUAUUUUUUUUAGGGUUCGUGAUAAUGUUUUUAAGGUAGCAGUGAAUCCCUUGAUUAAAGUGUAUGAACAGUUUCUGUGAACCUUACAAGAAAGAGCUGAAGGGAUUAAAAGCGGCUCUGUCUGGCAAGCUUUCCCCCUGGUAUGGGCAGCAGUGGGGCAGAGGAAUGCUGUUUUCUUUACAAGCACUGUGUCUGACUUUUCCUUUGGACCAAGUCGGUAUACCAGUGAGAUAAACAUUGCAUUGUGAGAAUUAUCUGCUUUCCCCAAAUAAAGCACAAUUACAUACUAAAAAAAAAGGUGCACAAGCAUUUUAUUUUAUUUAUAUAUUUUUUGCAUGGGCAUUUUAAAAGAAUAUAUAUUAUACACCCAUGUGAAUAAAUUGCUUUUCUGAAAAUUUUUUAAA